UGGCAGUAGCGAGCAGCACCGCAGUUUGCUGGAUCGUGAAGUCUGAGCCGACGAAGCAAAGUCAAGUAGCAAAGAUGGCGGUAUCGGUGUUUCCCUGUGUGCGGUUGCGGUCCAUCGGGGACGCGAACGGAGAGAUCCAGCGACACUCCGAGCAACAGCCCCUGAGGUUGGAGGUUAAAAGCACCCCAGACACGGCUCUCCUAAAUCUCUCCAAUAGCGAUGAGACAUCAGUCUUCAAGUGUUCGUUGUCCAGGGAAACGGAAUGCAGUCGUGUGGGGAAACAGUCCUUCAUCAUCACACUGGGCUGCAACAGUGUCCUGCUACAGUUCUCCACACCUGCAGAGUUUACUUCCUUCUAUAACAUUCUGAAGAGUUGCCGGGGCCACAAUGCAGAACACUCCGUCUUCAGUGACAGGACAGAAGAGUCCUCUGCCGUGCAAUACUUUCAGUUCUAUGGCUAUCUCUCUCAGCAGCAGAACAUGAUGCAGGACUAUGUUCGGACCGGAACCUACCAACGUGCCAUCCUUCAGAACCACGGUGACUUUAAGGACAAGGUGGUGUUAGAUGUGGGCUGUGGUUCAGGUAUUCUGUCGUUCUUUGCGGCGCAGGCCGGAGCCAGGAAGGUCUACGCUGUGGAGGCUAGCACCAUGGCCCAGCACGCAGAGGUGCUGGUAAACUCCAACGGAAUGGGGGAUCGUGUGGUGGUGAUAGCAGGGAAGGUGGAGGAGAUCUCUCUACCAGAGCAGGUGGACAUCAUCAUCUCUGAACCCAUGGGAUACAUGCUCUUCAACGAGAGGAUGCUGGAGAGUUACCUUCACGCCAAGAAGUUCCUCAAACCCAAUGGUAACAUGUUCCCCACGCUAGGUGACGUCCACCUGGCUCCCUUCACAGAUGAACAGUUAUACAUGGAGCAGUUCACCAAGGCCAACUUCUGGUAUCAGCCAUCGUUCCAUGGUGUUGAUCUGUCAUCACUGAGAGAAGCUGCAGUCGACGAGUAUUUCAGACAGCCCAUUGUGGACACCUUUGAUAUCCGUAUCCUCAUGUCCAAGUCUGUUAAAUACACCGUCAACUUCCUGGACGCGAAGGAGGGGGAUCUGCACAGGAUGGAGAUUCCCUUUAAGUUCCACAUGAUGACGUCAGGUCUGGUCCAUGGUCUGGCAUUCUGGUUUGACGUGGCUUUCAUCGGCUCAGCGGUAACAGUGUGGCUCUCCACCUCUCCUACGGAGCCUCUGACCCACUGGUACCAGGUCCGCUGUCUGCUCCAGUCCCCUCUCUUCACCAAGGCAGGAGACACCCUGUCUGGCACUGCAACGCUUAUCGCUAACAAGAGACAGAGCUAUGACAUCAGUAUGGUGGCCCAGGUGGACCAGACAGGAAGCAAGUCGAGCAACCUGCUGGAUCUCAAGAACCCCUUCUUCAGGUACACAGGCAGCACGUCAGCCCCGCCCCCAGGCUCUCACUACUCCUCCCCCUCAGAGAACAUGUGGAGCAAUGGAGGAGUCUACAACAUGAACCAGGGAGGGAUGCCUGCCGUGUACGACCUCAGUACGGUCAUUGGUGGCGGCGGCUCCACCGUGUCCCACAACAAUCUCAUCCCUCUUGUGAACACAGGGGUAGUGAACCAUACAUCUUCUAGAGUUGGGUCUAUCAUGAGUACAGGCGUGGGCCAGGGAGUGACAACUGGACAAUCGGGGCCCGGCAACAGUCCUCAAUACCCAAUCAACAACAGCCAGUUCACCAUGGGCGGGCCUUCCAUCUCCAUGUCGUCUCCCAUGGCGAUGCCUAGCAACACUAUGCACUACGGGAGCUAAGACCUACCAACCGUCCGUAGCUCUCCCACCCCCCUCUUCUCUCCCACCCCCCUCCUCCCUCCCACCCCCCCACGCCCCCCCUCCUGGAAGGAAACCAAACUGGACUGAUAAUAUGGACGUGCCUCUCCUCCCUUCACCCCUCCGUUCUCUGGUUCCUGAUGUCUCCGGCCCAGUCCAGAAACAACUACACACUGACAUGGUUGGAUAGGUUUAGGGCUGUCAAAUGUCCAGGUUCUCCAUUCUGGUUGGAGGAUUUCUGAUGUCCUACUUGUUCUGUCUGGAUUGCAACCGUUGAUGGUUUAAACACAUCGCUUUCAUCUCGACACAUUCUGAGGCAGAGUGGAAGGUGUGUGCUUGUAGCCAUUGAGGCAGAGUGGAAGGUGUGUGUGUGCUUGUAGCCAUUCUGAGGCAGAGUGGAAGGUGUGUGCUUGUAGCCAUUGAGGCAGAGUGGAAGGUGUGUGCUUGUAGCCAUUCUGUUUUAUGUAUUCACAACCCACAUAGAAACAUUUAGAAGGAUCUUAUGUACUUACUGUGGCUAUGGGGUUUAGAAACGUACACACACAGUUGUAUUAUAUACACACACACACACGGUUGUAUUAUAUAUACACACACACACACAGUUGUAUUAUACACACACACACACACACACACGGUUGUAUUAUAUACACACACACACACACGGUUGUAUUAUAUAUACACACACACACACACACGGUUGUAUUAUAUACACACACACACACACACUGUUGUAUUAUACACACACACACACACACGGUUGUAUUAUACACACACACACACACGGUUGUAUUAUACACACACACACACACACACACACACGGUUGUAUUAUACACACACACACACACGGUUGUAUUAUAUACACACACACACACGGUUGUAUUAUAUACACACACACACACACACGGUUGUAUUAUACACACACACACACACGGUUGUAUUAUACACACACACGGUUGUAUUAUACACACACACACACACACACACGGUUGUAUUAUACACACACACACACACACGGUUGUAUUAUACACACACACAGUUGUAUUAUACACACAGAGCCUCCUGCAGGACAGAAAGGACUUUGAGCUUCUGUGAAGUUUUACCAGUCACUCCCAUCUUCCCCAGCCCGUCGCUUGUGACCCAACGUCCCCAUCAAUAAAUUCCUGAAUCCUAACCUUUCA